AUGGUGCCGCAGGACCGCUGGCAGCCACAAAACAGGGUAAAGGUGUGUCAGUACCAAGACUGUGGCGCCUCCUUCGGCUUCUUCUCCAGCAAGUUCAACUGCCACCGCUGUGGCAUCGUUCUGUGCAGUACAUGCGCCACCACAAAGACUGUGAUUCCGCGCUACUACAAUGACCAAGCCGUCAUAGUCUGCCAGCGCUGCUAUCAAGUGGUCGAACGCUACAAGGAACGCGGACCAUCCGCUGCAGGCUACCUCAUUCACUCUGGCGCGGUCAGCAGCACACCAGCGCGAAAUUCGCCGGUGCCAGCGACUCAGUCAACCCCAGCACCAGUUUCACCCGGAGCCACGCAGCACUACGCUACCGAAGUACCUUCUACUCCAACCAUCCCUCAAAAUAAGCCAGUCCUUGACCACUCCAGGACACUCAUCACCGACAGCGACCUUCAUGCGCUCCAAGACAUCAUCCAAACGCUCCAGAACGCCCUCGCAGAGGAGCAGAAAACAUCAGCCGCUUUAGCCGCCGCCAACCGUACGGAUCUCCACAAUCUGACAGAAGAGAACACAGCGCUAAAAAAUACACUAAACCUCCUCCAGCAACAGCAGCAGCACAACGAAAACGCCAAUACACAGCACCACGACUCAUCACAACUACUGCAACAGCGCAGCGAGCUGGAGGCGCAGGUGGCACGGCUGGCGGCGGACCGCGACGAGGCACGCCAGCAGCUGGGCGCGACCGCCGACGAGCUGCAGCAGCGCCUGGACGCCGCCACGCGGCAGCGCAGCGAGCUGGAGGCGCAGGUGGCACGGCUGGCGGCGGACCGCGACGAGGCACGCCAGCAGCUGGGCGCGACCGCCGACGAGCUGCAGCAGCGCCUGGACGCCGCCACGCGGCAGCGCAGCGAGCUGGAGGCGCAGGUGGCACGGCUGGCGGCGGACCGCGACGAGGCACGCCAGCAGCUGGGCGCGACCGCCGACGAGCUGCAGCAGCGCCUGGACGCCGCCACGCGGCAGCGCAGCGAGCUGGAGGCGCAGGUGGCACGGCUGGCGGCGGACCGCGACGAGGCACGCCAGCAGCUGGGCGCGACCGCUGACGAGCUGCAGCAGCGCCUGGACUCCGCCACGCGGCAGCGCAGCGAGCUGGAGGCGCAGGUGGCACGGCUGGCGGCGGACCGCGACGAGGCACGCCAGCAGCUGGGCGCGACCGCCGACGAGCUGCAGCAGCGCCUGGACGCCGCCACGCGGCAGCGCAGCGAGCUGGAGGCGCAGGUGGCACGGCUGGCGGCGGACCGCGACGAGGCACGCCAGCAGCUGGGCGCGACCGCUCGAGCUGCAGCAGCGCCUGGACUCCGCCACGCGGCAGCGCAGCGAGCUGGAGGCGCAGGUGGCACGGCUGGCGGCGGACGCGACGAGGCACGCCAGCAGCUGGGCGCGACCGCUGACGAGCUGCAGCAGCGCCUGGACUCCGCCACGCGGCAGCGCAGCGAGCUGGAGGCGCAGGUGGCACGGCUGGCGGCGGACCGCGACGAGGCACGCCAGCAGCUGGGCGCGACCGCUGACGAGCUGCAGCAGCGCCUGGACGCCGCCACGCGGCAGCGCAGCGAGCUGGAGGCGCAGGUGGCACGGCUGGCGGCGGACCGCGACGAGGCACGCCAGCAGCUGGGCGCGACCGCUGACGAGCUGCAGCAGCGCCUGGACGCCGCCACGCGGCAGCGCAGCGAGCUGGAGGCGCAGGUGGCACGGCUGGCGGCGGACCGCGACGAGGCACGCCAGCAGCUGGGCGCGACCGCUGACGAGCUGCAGCAGCGCCUGGACUCCGCCACGCGGCAGCGCAGCGAGCUGGAGGCGCAGGUGGCACGGCUGGCGGCGGACCGCGACGAGGCACGCCAGCAGCUGGGCGCGACCGCUGACGAGCUGCAGCAGCGCCUGGACUCCGCCACGCGGCAGCGCAGCGAGCUGGAGGCGCAGGUGGCACGGCUGGCGGCGGACCGCGACGAGGCACGCCAGCAGCUGGGCGCGACCGCUGACGAGCUGCAGCAGCGCCUGGACGCCGCCACGCGGCAGCGCAGCGAGCUGGAGGCGCAGGUGGCACGGCUGGCGGCGGACCGCGACGAGGCACGCCAGCAGCUGGGCGCGACCGCCGACGAGCUGCAGCAGCGCCUGGACGCCGCCACGCGGCAGCGCAGCGAGCUGGAGGCGCAGGUGGCACGGCUAGCGGCGGACCGCGACGAGGCACGCCAGCAGCUGGGCGCGACCGCUGACGAGCUGCAGCAGCGCCUGGACGCCGCCACGCGGCAGCGCAGCGAGCUGGAGGCGCAGGUGGCACGGCUGGCGGCGGACCGCGACGAGGCACGCCAGCAGCUGGGCUCGACCGCCGACGAGCUGCAGCAGCGCCUGGACGCCGCCACGCGGCAGCGCAGCGAGCUGGAGGCGCAGGUGGCACGGCUAGCGGCGGACCGCGACGAGGCACGCCAGCAGCUGGGCGCGACCGCUGACGAGCUGCAGCAGCGCCUGGACGCCGCCACGCGGCAGCGCAGCGAGCUGGAGGCGCAGGUGGCACGGCUGGCGGCGGACCGCGACGAGCUGCAGCAGCGCCUGCAUGGAAUGGUACGUCGGUGCAUUUCCCUCGAGUGGGUGGCAGAGCAGCGGACGGAUGAGAUGGAGGACCCUCGGCAGACAUUGUGUGAAGUGUGCGAACACUUGAAGGUGAGGCAGGCCGCUGUGGAGGCCGAAAAUGCGGAUCUGAAGGCCCAUCUAAGGCAGUUGGUUGAGGAGGAGAGGAGGCUGAGGGAGGUGUUGUCAUGUGUGAGAGGCGGGCAACUACUCGUCGACGCAGGGGAGGUGCAGCCUGUGGGCGUUGCAUCACUCGUCGAGCGCAUUCUCGACGAAGCCGAUGAUCUUCGCUCGCGUCUUGCUGGGAGCACAGAGGAAGUGAACCUGUAUCGCAGUCGCGCUCUGCAGGAGCGCGAAGCUGCGCGGAACCAAAUUACAAAGCUUGAGGCGGAGGUGGCGCAUCUCAUGAGCGAACGUGACAUCGCGCAUCAGCAAGGAUUCCGUGAUCUCAGCGAGGUGCAGCGUCAACUUGACGACGCCAUUCAGGAACGCGACAGUGCACGCCAUCGAUGCGCCGGACUGGAGGCCAAGAUGGCCAUCAUGGAGUCGAAGUUGAAAGCGGCCAAAGCCGAACUUCUAGAGGUCUCGGAGAAGGCGUCCUCGUUGUGGACACGGCUGUCCGCAUCGUACGGUGGUGCGCCAGUGAGGCCGGGUUCUUCGUCACCAUCGUCCUCGGGGGCUAGUGAUGCUUCUACCGUUCUCGGCGUGGUAGGCAACUCCCUCGUGCCACAAGCGGCGCCCUACCGGGAUGCGGCGCUCAUCGCUGAGGUGGGCAGGCGCCUUCACGAAAGGGGAGAAAUGAUGCGGCUGUUGGCCGAAGGCGUCGAGCUGCGUGAGUGUGCACGGCCGCUGGAAGAGGUUCUCACCGAGAGUCUCAUCGAGGAUCAUCACACGAGGGACGCGGAUGCGGUCGCCACAGGGUACACGCGACUUUCGCGGAACGCUGCGCACUCGCAUCGCCUAGACACACGUGAAGCGCAGCUGAACAAGCGUGCGACACAGCUUAAGGAGAAGGAGCGGCAGUUAUUGUGCGUUGCUCAUGAGCUGCAGGCUAAGUCGCGCGCCCUCCAAGCACUAUACAUGCGUGUCGCGGAGAAGCCACCGUCAGCGUCGCGGCUGCUGCUGACGGCCGACGGGGGCGAUGCCUUCCACACCACAUCGCAGCGACAUGGCACCGGCACGACAUUCAGGGAGGCGGUGCGCCAACUGGAUGGCGGGGUGCCGCCCGACGACGGCACUGCGGAGACCGCAAUGUACAGCGAUCCAGUCUCACCCCUGCCGAGAGUGCCGCCACAGCCGCUGAUGCAGGCGGUGCGCCGUGGCGCGGAGGUGCUGGAUCGCAGUGACGAGGAAGUCGCCGUGACAGACAUAGUGGAGGAGACGCCAGAGCGCCUGACGGCGGCAACAGAGGCGUACCGCGACGUUCUGUACGAGCACAUUCUUGAGUCGAAUGGACUUCAAGGGAUGGACGCCUUGACCCGGUACCUACCCCGCCGCGCCCCUGGCAGUGGACUGAGGACGCCUCGAGUGCCUUCUAGCGACAUGGCUGCGAAAACGCGGGCGAUGCUCCGAGAACUGGAGGACCGCCUGGGCAACUCCCGUGCCGUCCCUCGCGGGGUCGACCCGGCCGUGCAGCAGCGAAGCCUGGAAGCAUUUCGGCGACUUGAAGCAGCAAUGUGUGCUCUCUGUGGAGACAGGGGGGGUCAGUGA